AUGCCGCCCCGCUACUUCAAGAACGACGAGCCUCUCAGCAGUAGAGACCCGCACAAGCAGCUCAUAGCUUCUCUCACUCGUCUCGUCACCCAACACCCUCCUGCCGAGGUCCGCGCCGGCGGUGGCAUCUACUAUGGUCCUACCAGCGUCGCCUACCUGUUCCUCAUCCUGCAACAGCUCUACUCGGACUUGCUCAUCGAGGGCAUUCAACUCGGAACCUGGUCUGCCACCUACCUCAAGCAAUCACAAGAUCAUAUCAAAUCCUUCCCUGGCCCUCGCAUUGCCAAAUGCGGUAUCGCCGACGACAUUCUAGCCCUCCUGGCCAUCGGCGCAGCCAGCUCGAAGGAUGCAGACAUGGCUGCAGCACUUUGCGACUAUUCCGCCGAAGUCCUCGAUGACGAGACUGAGAACGAAUGGCUUUAUGGAAGAGCAGGAUACUUGUACUACCUUCGUCUGGUCAAGGCAGCCUUUAUCGACGACGAUAAGGUCUCGCAGAUGAUCACCGAUACUCAGACCGAUGUUGUCGAGGCUAUCCUGCAAUCCGAACGACCUUGGAAGUGGCACGGCAAGAGCUACGUUGGCGCUGUCCAUGGCCUCAUCGGCAUCAUCACUCAAGUCACCCUCACCGAUCCUGAGCGCUAUGCAAGAGCCGUGGAAGCAGAUCUCUCUGUUCUGUUGUCAUACCAGUACGAAAGCGGCAACUGGCCAAGCAGCCUGCCACCAGGUAAAGAUAGAUUGGUUCAGGUCUGCCACGGUGCUCCGGGUGUGAUCAACUCUCUACUCUCAAUCAAGGACCAUUUCCCCAAGCUCCAAAGCAGGAUCGACAGCGCCAUUCGCAAGGGUAGAGAAUGCAUCCUGGAACGUGGUCUGCUCACCAAGGAGUCAUGCUUGUGUCACGGCAUCUCAGGCAAUGCACUUGCAUUGGACGACGAACAGUGCCAGCAUUUCCUCAGCUACACGACAGGGCAUGAAAUGAAGGGGCUGGAAAAAGAUGGCUUGGUUGAAAAGUCGGACAAUCCGGAAGGACUGUGGUGCGGAGAGGCAGGACGUGCAUGGGCAUGGGCAGUCAUAGACAAGGGCCUGCCCAAGAGGCUGCUUGGCUACAAUGACAUCUGA